AAAAUAAGAAUGGCGUGCUGUGAACGGGAAGCGAAGCCUGCGCCCAAAAAGGAGCCUGCCGAGGCUGGAAUGUGUGGUUGCAUGGUCAAAAUUGGCAUAAUUGGCGGCAGCGGUUUAGACGAUCCAGAUAUAUUAGAAGGACGUAAGGAAAAAACAGUUACUACUCCUUACGGCCCGCCUGCUGAUGUGCUAAUUGAAGGUACAAUAAAUGGUGUCCAAUGUGUUUUGCUGGCCCGACACGGCCGGAAACAUAACAUAAUGCCAACCAAUGUUCCAUAUCGUGCGAACAUUUGGGCACUCAAAGAAGCAGGCUGUACCCAUGUAUUAGUGUCUUCGGCAUGUGGUUCGCUACGUGAAGACUUCAUGCGAGGUGAUUUGGUCAUACCAGAUGACAUCAUUGACCGUACAACACAGCGCAUUGAAACUUUUACUGAUGGUCAGCCUGGAAGUCCCCCGGGCGUAUGUCAUUUGCCCAUGUCUCCUUUGUUCAAUGAACCCACACGACAAAUUUUAUUAGCGGCAACAAAGAAACUAAGUUAUAAAGCUCACGAACGAGGUACAGUCGUGUGCAUUGAAGGUCCACGCUAUUCGUCAAAAGCCGAAAGUAAAAUGUUCGGUAUGUGGGGUGGCGAUUUAAUUAACAUGACUAUCGUUCCCGAGGUGGUGCUGGCCAAAGAGGCGGCUUUGUUGUAUGCCGGUGUUGCAAUCGCUACUGACUACGAUAGCUGGCGUGAAGGACAAGUCGCUGUCGAUGUAAAACAAGUAGUGGACACUUUUGCUGCCAACGUCGAUAAGGUGAAGAAUAUAAUGAAAGAAGCGGUGAAAAUGAUUUCGCAACAGAAUUGGACAGAAGAAAUACAGAAGGCAAAAGAUUUGGUUAAGAACAAUAAUCAGGCUCUGAAGUAACUACUAGGCUCUUAAAUGUAUUUUAGAGAUAACUUAAAAAGUAAGACCAAAUUUUACAUAUAAAUUUUCUUUAAUUUUCGAAAUUAGAAAGAAUUGUAUGGCCUCCAAAUUUUUAAAGCAAAGUCACUUUUUAUAAGUACUGUAAAAAAUACAUCAAUAAAGCAGAUAAAAUAAA